AUGUUUCCUGAUGAAAAUGAGGGCCGUAUUGGUUCUUGGUGCUUUUCUAGUGGCUGUUUACAGCCAGGAGACGUUUAUUGGCGGAUGAUCCUGUUUAUACUGGAGAAUGGUUGCCAUCUGGGGCUGGUGCCUUGUGAAUGUACAUCAGCACAUGAAGACCGAGCUCUAUGUGACCAGGUUUUACGAAUCACUGCCAGUAAUGAGGCACAGCUUGACCUGGUGCAAUCUCUCCAAGAACUACAGCAUCUAAAUAUUGAUUUCUGGUUAGAACCAAGCAGACCCUUGAUGCCCAUUGACAUCCAAGUCCCAAGAGAACAUGUGCAAUCUGUGAAAGCCUUCUUUGAGUUCAACGGUAUCGGUUACUCAAUCUUGAUUGAAGAUCUGCAGCUUCUAUUGGAUGAAGAGAAGAAGGAAAUGAUACUUUCUCGGCAUAAGGAACGUAAAAGCCAAACAUUCAACUAUGCUUCUUACCACACACUGGAGGAGAUUUACACUUGGAUGGACUCGUUUGUAGCUUCAAACUCAGACCUGGUCAGCAAAAUGCAGAUUGGUACUACUUUUGAGAACCGCCCAAUCUAUGUGCUAAGGUUCAGCACUGGUGGGAUUAAUCGACCUGCUAUUUGGAUUAAUUUUGGUAUUCAUGCCCGUGAAUGGAUUAGCCCUGCUACAUCCCUCUGGCUUGCAAAUAAGUUUGUCAGUGAAUAUGGCAAAGAUACCUCUGUGACUUCACUGCUGAACACAAUGGACCUCUACCUAGAGAUUGUUACAAAUCCUGAUGGAUUCCAAUUUACCCACACAAAUAAUCGUAUGUGGCGGAAGACCAGGUCUAAACAUGCUGGCAUGGCAUGUACAGGAGUUGAUCCAAACAGGAAUUUUGAUGCCAAUUUUGGAGGACCUGGUGCCAGUGGCAAUUCUUGUUCGUCAACUUAUUAUGGACCUUAUGCCAAUUCUGAGAAGGAAGUCAAAGCCAUUGUUGACUUUGUCAAAAGUCAUGGAAAUUUCAAAGUCUUCAUUGAUGUUCACAGCUAUUCUCAGCUCUUAAUGUUUCCUUAUGGUUACACCUCAACUAAGCCAAAAGACUAUGGAGAACUGCUUGAUCUCAGCAAGAUAUCUGUCACUUCUUUAGCUUCACUGUAUGGGACCAGCUACAAAUAUGGACCUAUCUUCACCACAAUCUAUCAAAGCAGCGGUUCAUCCAUUGACUGGGCUUAUGAUCAAGGCAUCAAGUAUGCUUUCUGCUUUGAACUACGUGACACUGGUCGCUAUGGCUUCAUUCUACCAGCCAAUCAGAUUAUUCCAACAGCUGAGGAGACCUACCUAGGUUUGAUGGAAAUUUUAAACCAUGCCAGAGAGAACCCCUAUUAAAAUUAAUUCAAAGAAUUCUGCAAUUAUGGUUUAAAGGUGCCUCUGUUUUACAUUUGUAUUAUUACUAUGACUACCACAACAUAUAUAAUCAUGAAAUACAUUGGAUUGUACCAAAUAAAGCAUCACUCAAUCAAGAUACCAAAGUUUUAAAAUAAUUUUAUUGCUUCAGAUUGGAUCAACAAUCACCUGGAUGUCUUGUACAGAUUUUCUUCUUGCAAUAAAGGCUUUGGUGGAGUACUCAGUAUUUUUGUUGUCUCUGGGAUUUUAGAUUGCAUAUCCUGUAGACUUUUUGGAAUGGAUCUUUUUCUGACAAGUACAUAAUGUGAAAAUGGCUUUGCAAAG